GAUUAGCGGUAAUCCGUUCAGGUCCGCGGCCAGCGACACGAGAGGUCUGGACGAUGCCGAGUUACAAACGGGACACAUUACAAAGUGAGGAGGAUAACAGAGCUUAAUCUUUUCUUUUUAUUAACUAUAGAAAAUAAUCAUUAGCCAGAAAAAUGAUUUGUGUAAUUUUAGUUUAUAAGCCCUUGUAGAGUUUCCUCGGACCAACUUUUAUUCCACUAUUUUCCUGGUAUCCGAUGCGUUCCCCACAAAAAUAAGAAGGGGAUUCCGUUCUUACGGGGUCACACGUUGGAGUGAAAAGCGGGAAGAGUCGAGAGGAAGCUCUGCGCUCAUAGCGAUAGGACACACCGCGGGGAGUCUGGAGCUGAGAGGAUGGAGGUCCGGCCAGACAGGUUCAAGAUCGUAGCCGCCAGGACCCUCGGGAAGAUUUAUGGAGCGCUAGAGAAGAAGCAGGAGAAUGGAGAGACCCUGGAGCUGUCGGCUGAGGGCCGGCCCGAGCUGCUGGUGGAGAAGGAGAUGCCGGUGGUGGACUGCACCUGCUUCGGCCUGCCGCGCCGCUACAUCAUCGCCAUCCUGUCCGGACUCGGCUUCUGCAUCUCCUUCGGGAUCCGCUGCAACCUGGGGGUGGCCAUUGUGAGCAUGGUGAACAGCCACCGCGAGCUGCGGGACAACAAGGAGGUCAUCGUGGAGGCCCAGUUCGACUGGGACCCCGAGACGGUGGGGAUGAUCCACGGCUCUUUCUUCUGGGGCUACAUUGUCACCCAGAUCCCCGGAGGGUUCAUCUGUCAGAGGUUUGCCGCCAACAGAGUGUUCGGCUUCGCCAUCGUGGCCACGUCCUGCCUCAACAUGCUCAUCCCCUCGGCCGCCCGGAUGCACUUCGGCUGCGUCAUCCUCGUCAGGAUCUGCCAGGGCCUGGUGGAGGGCGUCUCCUAUCCAGCGUGCCAUGGAAUAUGGGCCAAAUGGGCCCCGCCCCUGGAGAGAAGUCGCCUGGCAACCACAGCCUUCUGUGGGUCCUACGCGGGCGCGGUCAUCGCCAUGCCCCUGGCCGGUAUUCUGGUGCAGUACUCCGGCUGGUCGUCGGUGUUCUACGUCUACGGUUCUUUCGGGGUGCUCUGGUACUGUUUCUGGGUGCUGGUGUCCUAUGAGAGCCCGGCAGCGCACCCCACCAUCACCGAGGAGGAGAAGAACUACAUCGAGGAGAGCAUCGGGACCUCCACCAUGAACACCACCCCCGUCACGAAGUUCAACACCCCGUGGCGGGCGUUCUUCACCUCCAUGCCCGUCUACGCCAUCAUCGUGGCCAACUUCUGCCGCAGCUGGACCUUCUACCUGCUCCUCAUCAGCCAGCCCGCCUACUUUGAGGAGGUGUUUGGCUUCGAGAUCAGCAAGGUGGGCAUCGUGUCAGCCCUCCCCCACCUCGUCAUGACCAUCAUCGUACCAAUCGGAGGGCAGCUGGCUGACUACCUGCGCACCAAUCAGAUCAUGAGCACCACCAACGUCAGGAAGCUGAUGAACUGUGGAGGCUUCGGCAUGGAGGCCACCUUUCUGCUGGUGGUGGGCUUCUCCCACACCAAGGUGGUGGCCAUCAGCUUCCUGGUGCUGGCCGUGGGCUUCUCCGGCUUCGCCAUCUCAGGGUUCAACGUGAACCACCUGGACAUCGCCCCGCGCUACGCCAGCAUCCUGAUGGGCAUCUCCAACGGCGUGGGCACGCUGUCGGGCAUGGUGUGCCCCCUGAUCGUAGGCGCCAUGACCAAGCAUAAGACCCGGCAGGAGUGGCAGGGGGUGUUCCUCAUCGCCUCCAUGGUCCACUACGGCGGGGUCAUCUUCUACGGCCUGUUCGCGUCGGGGGAGAAGCAGUGGUGGGCCGAGCCCGAGACGCUCAGCGACGAGAAGUGCGGGAUCCUGGACGAAGACGAGCUGGGCAACGAGACGGAGGAGCUGUACCGCUCCACGGGGGGGUACGGAGCCACCAGCCAGGGAGGGGCCGACCCCAACGGGGGGGCAGCGGGGGGGGCAGGAGGGGGAGGAGCCGGAGGGGGAUGGGUGUCGGACUGGGACAAGACUGAGGAGUACGUCCAGCCGGCAGGAACCAAUAACUUCCUGUAUGGCGACGAACCGGAGGAGCUCAGAUGAGGAGGAGGAGGAGGAGGAGCAGAAGCAGCUCUGUGGACGGUUGGAGUAGCAGCACAGGAGGCGGGGGAUGAUGGUGCUGGCGGUGCUGGUUGGAGCAGGAGGUGCUGGUUGGAGGCGUCCGACUGCAAUGUUAAAGUGAACUCUUAUCAAUUAAUAAAUCAAUAAAUAAUCAAUGUGGUCAGAGACUAAUGACGACAGGUUAGUGGAAGGGCGCGUGUGUGGUCAUGUUGCCGUGUGUUCAUAAGUGUGUGUUGGUGUUCAUGUUUGUGUGUGUGUUCCUGUGGCAGUGUAUGUUCGUGUGUGUGUGUGUGUGUGUGUUCAUGUCGGUGUGUGCUUUGUUUUUGUGUGCGACGGCGGAUCCUGUUGAGCCCAAAAGCCUCCCGGUAACGCCAGAUUAACUUCUCCAUUUGGGGUUGGGUUAACUUUUAAGAUGCGUAGUUACGUUAUGAUCCAUUUAUUUUAUGUUCUGUUUUUAUUCAAAGGGUUUUUAGUGAUAUUCAAAUCUUUCAGGUAACUAAACAGUAGGCAGAAAUUAGGUCUCAGUUAGCUAAGACCACUUUUAUCACUUAAACUAUAACCUAAUAAUCUGCAGACUUUGAGGAUUUGAACGUGUGCCAAUACGAAUGACUGGGGUUGUGGUAUUGGUUGUGUUUAAAGGCUUACAGAAGAAAGUCCUUAACACCCACAGAGUUCAUUCAUAUAUAUUGUUUCAUGUCCGAGCAAGUCCAUGCAACAAAGAGUAGCUGCACAUGCUAGCCCCCCCUGCCCCCCCCGG